CCCAUGUCGUGCCUCUCCUGGUAGCACCUUACUGCUGGGUAUGAAGAGGUUGUCUGUGCUGCUGGUGGACUGCAGGAAAACAACGGGGCUGAGUGGAACUGUGAGAGGUGGAGAUGAAAGGAGCAGAUUUAACUCAUCACGAAAACAAAGAAGGAUCCCUAUUGUGUGCAGAUUUUGCAUGAAGAACCAGGAAAAUAUCUCUAUACAUCUCAGCAGAGUGUGCAUGAAGACAGAAUCAAAACAAAAGAUUGAUCAGGAAGUUCGUAAUUCCCGCGAUUCCAUGAUAGACCAUCUUUGGCACGGCAGGAUCAUUGACUACAGAAUACUCAGCUCUAUUGUGACACAACAGGACGCACUCCAACCUCUGAUUAAGAAUCGUGAACAAAUGGGUCAUUUUGUUACGAACAAGCCACAAGACAAACAAAUAACUGGCCAAGUGGAAGUGGCUCAAGUGUUGGCACCAACUACAGAUGAAAAUAUAGAUGAAGACUCAGACGUCAACAUGGACGAUGACCAGUCGGCGUUGUACCAACCACCAUUGAGCCAGUCAUGGGACACCACACUGAGAAAGGGGAUGCAAAGCAGUGGUUUAUACCAAAAGCACCCUCUGGAUUGUGAUCUGCUGGCUGGAUUUGGGAAAUAUCUCCGCUACGACAACAACAUUCCCAAUUUCAAACAGGAGGUUGCAAAUGUGUCAAGGUUUUUGUUUUACAUGGACUCAAACAAACCAUCGCUGGAUUUUCUUAGUAACUUGGAAAAAAGCAGAUCAUUUUUUACCAAGCUUGCAGACAUUGGACAGAAGAAGCAAACCACUGCCAACUACAUGAAGAAUUUGAGGAGAUUUAUUCGCUACAUCAUCACCAUUACAGACAGAGCCGUGUUUGAGCAAUGCAAGCAUUUCCUCCAAUGCUUGAAUGAACUGCAGAAGUCCAUGAGCAAGCAGGUGUCUCGGCAAAUUACUGUGAAAAGAUGCAUACAGAUGGUGUCAGUUGCGAAGACACCAAAAGAAUGUUGGGAAAUUUUGAGGGUGGCGAAGAACGAAUUUCUGUGUAUCAUUGGGAAGGCCAUGAAUGAAGAAUCCUUGCUGGAAACUGAACAACUGCAUGUUCUGUACUACCUUGAGUCUCUGCUCAUGCUGAAACAUCUCCAGAGGGCUGGAGUGAUCAAACAUUUGACCCUGAGCGAAUGGCUCUCAAGGAGCGCCUGCAAGUUGCCAGAUGGGGAGAAUUGGACUGUCAUCGGUGUUAAGAAGCACAAAACAGCAACACAGCAAGUUGCAACCAUUUUGUUAGAUGAGGAGGAAGAUGCAUGGUUGGAUGUGUACUACCGACACGUUCGACCAGCUUUUCUUAAAAACUCUGAUGACAUGCAAGAAGAUGAGAGAUUCUUCAUUUCCACAACCGGGAAACCGAUCUACAACCCAUCCAAUGACCUCCAAAGGUUUCAUGCCAAAUACAACUUGCCCAACAUCACGAGCCAGGUAGCAGGACAAGUUUUGGAGACAAAUACCAAAGCCAGCUUCACAGACCAAGAGAAGUCCCUUGUUGCUGACUACUUGGCCCAUAAAACUGCUACAGCUGAGAAGCAUUACUGCUGGAAGACAACAGUCAAUGCCUGCAUGGGAAUGAAGCUGAUCUCCAAAGUUGCCAUGUCCAUUGAAUCUGAUAGUGAGACUGCAGGCCCCUCCUGUGUGAGCAGAAGUAGAAAAGGCGCAUUGUCCAGCAGCAAAAAGUUGGAUGAGGCACAGACCUGGAAACUCUUCUAUGAACACUUCCCUGUCACAAUUGAUGGACAAUCAAUCAAGACCAAGGACAGACGACUGAUAGCAGGAACGCAUGAGAGAUACUGCUAUGACAAGUGGAGAAGCCAGCAAGAGAAAAUGAGACGGGAUAAUGUGAUCGCGCACUUCCCCAGAAGAGAACCCACAGCAAGUCAAGUAGAGAGAUACAUUGAAAGGCAGAACUGGGAGAAGAACAAAGUGAAAGUGGAGAAUGUCCUUUGUUACUGGCAACCUUCAAUUAACACUGACGCACCAAAAUACAACCAGGCAAUUAUGAAGCUGGUGAAGUCCCAGAAGUGGAAAGGACUGGACAUUGCCAGUGACCCUGAUAAAGGAAAAAAGGUCAUGACAACACGUCCAUUUGCUAAAGGGGAAGUUGUCUGUGACUUCCACGGUCUCCCACUCUCAGGGAAGCAGGGGAAAGAAUUGUUGGAAGCAACAGAGAACGACGAGACGGGGUUCCUUUACUUCUACAAGGAUUCAUCAGGGAAAACGUACUGCAUAGAUGCAAAGACUGUGCCCUGCCCUUGCCACCCAGAGAUGGACACAAUUGGACGUAGGAUAAAUCAUUCCAGAAAGAGUAGCAACAUAAAGAGUCAGCUUCAGCAAUUAGAAGAGGAUGGCAAAGUGUGGAACAUCAUCCUUUUCAUUGCCCUACGAGACAUUCAGGAGCAACAAGAACUGUUAUUUGACUAUGGGGUGUCAAGAAUAUCUUUUGGUGGAGAAGAUUUGGAACGGCUUGACAACUAGGUCCGUCAGCUUGAAAUCUGAUGGGCCUCAAAACAACCCCCCUUGGGUUGUGUGGCGGAGAUAAGAGAGUGACCUUUGGAGGUAAUCUUCUCAGCCUGUCAACAUUUCGUUAUUUUCUGUUGGAGAGGGGAGGGGCAGUUCAGUGAGCUGGAGCCUUUAAUUGCCCUGCCUCUGGGAGCCUGUCAGAUAUGGUCACUGCAUGUGUGGGGGUGGGACAAAAGGGCUAUCUAAGGCAUGUUGGGCAGGGCUGGGGCUCUACAGUGAAAUAACACAAUAAUAACUAAC